UUCUAGAAAGUCGGCUAAGCUGGCGUCCCAUCACAGCGCGUCUUCCAAUUACUCAUCAAAACAAUGCGUUGUUUGGUUUCAUGAGUAUGCAACUGCAGAUGAAGAUGUUAUCGGUCCGGAGGGCAUGGAAAAGUUCUGUGAAGACAUUGGUGUCGAACCGGAAAAUAUUGUGAUGCUAGUGCUAGCGUGGAAGCUUGAUGCCAAACAAAUGGGAUUCUUCACCCUCGCAGAGUGGCUGAAGGGCUUCUCAGAAUUACAGUGAGUGGCUG